AUGCUUUCCCCAGAGAGCGGAAUCGACGCUUGGCUCCGCUAUGCCCCUCUAUCCGAGAGCUUGCGGAGCCUUCAUAAGCCACUCUCCAGCAUCAUUGCCCUAAGCAUCAACCCUACAAGUCCCGUUUUUAUCGCCGGAGAGGAGCUUCAACGUGGCCUCGAACGUAUCCUCGGACAAAGUGUACAGGUUGACUCUCACCUUCACACUGACACGAGGGGUUCAAUUAUAGUCGGCACUCUGUCAUCUUUGAAGGCGAAUGAGGGCAACCCUCUCCUUCAGUCGAUCCCUGCCCUUGAUGAAGACGGAUUUUGGCUCGACACAAAUGUCAACGGGAGCCAUGACGUUCACAUUGUCGGCCAAAAUGAGCGAGGAGCUCUUUAUGGGGCAUUCGAAUACCUGUCUCUUCUUGCACAGGGUAAAUUGGUCAACAACAAUGUCCAGCAGGCAUACAAUCCCGGAGCAAAUAUCAGAUAUGUCAACGAAUGGGACAACCUUGACGGCAGCAUAGAAAGAGGUUACGGCGGCAAGUCCAUCUUCUUCUGCGACGGCAAGGUUUUGACGGACUUGUCUCGCGUCCCGCCAAUAUGCUCGGUUAUUAGCCUCAAUUCGCAUCAAUGGCUGCAUUGUGAACAACGUCAACUCGAGCCACAAUCUUCUCAACGAAACAAACCUCGAUGGGCUUGGUCGAAUCGCCGAUAUAAUGCGACCCUACGGAGCCUCGCUGGUUUGCCAACAUCAGAUCCUCUCGAUCCCGAUGUCAUCAAGUUCUGGGAGGAUAUCACGGCCAAGUUAUACGAGCGUGUCCCAGAUAUGCUUGGAUACACCAUCAAGGCCAACUCGGAAGGCCAACCGGGUCCUCUGACAUAUGGGCGAACACUUGCGCAAGGAGCAAAUAUGUUUGCUCGUGCCUUGAAACCUCACGGUGACGGUAUCGUCAUGUAUCGUGCUUUUGUCUACAACCAUCACCUGGACGAAUCUGAUCUCAAAAAUGACCGAGCCAAUGCAGCAGUUGAGUACUUCGCUCACCUUGAUGGGGAGUUCGAAGAUAACGUGAUCAUCCAGAUCAAGUUCGGGCCAAUAGACUUCCAGAUUCGUGAGCCCCCUUCGACUCUGUUCUCCCAUCUUAGGAAGACGCCCGUCAUCUGUGAGUUCAUGGUGUGUCAAGAGUAUCUGGGCCAACAGUCACACUACGUGUACAUGGCUCCAGAAUGGGAGACUAUUCUCGGCUUUGAUAUGCGAAUUGAUGACAAGCCUUCUCUUGUCAGAGAUAUUGCCUCUGGCAAGGUCCACGGUCUGAACAAGGGCGGUUAUGCUGCAGUGACCAACAUCGGGAAUGACCCUACAUGGCUGGGACACCAUCUAUCUAUGUCAAACCUCUAUGCCUACGGUCGAUUGUGUUGGGAUGCAGCCGCUCCAGCGCAGGAUAUCCUGCUCGAUUGGAUUCGCCUGACAUUCAACGCAGAGAACCAAAAGGUGAUAGACACCAUCCGCGACAUCGGAAUGGAGUCCUGGCCUACAUAUGAAGCCUACAGCGGCAAUCUCGGGAUCCAAACUCUGUGUGACAUCCUCUACACACAUUACGGCCCCAACCCGGGUUCACAAGACGGAAACGGCUGGGGCCAAUGGACUCGCGCCGAUAGCAAGGCCCUUGGCAUGGACCGUACCGCUGCCACUGGCACGGGCUAUGCAGCUCAAUAUCCACCCCAGGUUGCUGCUCAGUUUGAGAGGAUCGAAACAACGCCGGAUGACCUUCUUUUAUGGUUUCAUCACGUUCCUUAUACGCACAAGCUCAAGUCUGGUAAAACUGUAAUACAACACAUAUACGAUGCCCACUACGAAGGAUCAGCAAACGCACAGACGUUUGUAACAAGGUGGGCUUCUCUAAAGGGCCUCAUUGACGACGCUCGCUUUGAGCACGUCGCCUUCAAGCUUGCGUAUCAAGCAGGCCAUUCAAUCGUUUGGCGUGACUCGGUGAACAACUUCUAUCUUGCCAAGUGUGGCAUCCCAGAUGCCAAGGACCGUGUCGGGAACUAUCCCUGGCGUAUAGAGGCCGAAAACAUGCAGUUGAGUGGCUAUAUCAUUGUUGACGUGACGCCCACUGAAGCGGCGUCCCGUGGCCGUGCCAUCGUAGCAUCAUCGAUGGAAAAGGCCGUUGCAACCACCAAACUAACAUUCCCCUCGAGGAGGCAUGACAUCGCUGUCAACUAUUUUGAUCACACCGGUGGGCAUGCACGGUACGAGCUUCUCCUGGAUGGAAAGAUUGUCGGAGAGUGGACUAGUGACCUCGAUACGCGGCUCGGCCAUGACUUCUCAGAGUAUCUAGACGGACACUCGGCCACGAGAGUUUACUUCCGUGGUGUCGAUACCAGGGAGGGUGCCGAGCUGACUGUGAUUGGUUACCCAGAUGGAAAGGACAUGGCAUCACUGGAUUAUAUCUCAGUUUUGCCGGAAGGCGUGGUGGAUUAAGUAUUUAGUAAGGUUAGUAAAUUCCCAUUGGC